CCUCGCGACGCCCGUUUGCUCUCCUCGAGAACUGCCGCCACCGCAGCGCCUCGCCCUCGGUCGGUGCUCGCUCAUCUUCAGCGCGUCCACCGCCGGCGACCUUCUCUCGGCCGCGGACGGAGUCGCCACCAGCGCCGCUGCAUUUGAUCUGAGUUUGCGCAUAGUUGCACGAAGAUCCUGUUAGUAGGUUAUCGAAUCCGGCGCUCAGCUGAAUGGAUCUGGAAGAGCAAGAACUAGUGGCCACCGAGGAGGCCAAAAUCGGAACUAGCGGAACCACUGAUUAUACCCGCGGACGUUGGGAAGGCUCUGAUGUAACCGGUCGCGGCGGAUACCGGAAGGGGUCACUUGCAGGAUACCGGGUGAGAAGCUCGUGCCAGUACCGGAGCCUGGCGAGAUCGUGGUUUUUACUGCGCAUUUUAUACGCGGUUUUGGUUUGCCGUCUAGCAGCUUCUUCCGGUCUUUCUUAGACCGGUAUGAACUGCAGCCUCACCACUUGCCGGCAAAUGCCGUUUUCCUGUUGUCCUCCUUCGUCGCAUUCUGCGAAGGUUUUGUUGGCCUCCUGCCCAGCUUGACCUUGUGGGCCCGGCUUUACACUCUCCGGAUAAAUUCCAUCCAAGAUCCCAAUCUUCCUUUGCCCAAACCGGUGGUUCAGUGCGGAGCCUGCAUCGUGGUUCCGCGCCAAAAGAGCCCCCACGUCAAAAUGGCCGGUUUGGAUUCAUGCCGGAAGUGGCAGCGGAAUUUUUUCUAUGUCAAGAACGCCGGCCCCGUGGACCUCAUCAACCUACCAGAUUACGUUGCCGGUGAGCCUUCUCGGGCGAACUGGACAUAUAAUCCAAAGGAUUCUCAUUCGGAGACAAACCGGAUCCUUCGUUAUAUCGUGGGACUCCAGAAUGACGACGUACCCACUGCGGAUGAUAUCGUGCGCACGUUCAUUGCGCGUCGCGUGUUGCCUCUCCAAGAACGGUGCCAUAAAAUCUGCCAAAUGAGUGGCCCACUGGAUCCAACUCGGAUCACCACCUUUGAGCUAUCUGCCAAGGACAUCGUGCUGAAGGUCAAAGCCAUUGCCCAGACCAAGAUGACGGAUGACUGGGAAUGGGAUAUGGAGCCGUUCUCCAGGGACAAUCCCCCUCCUAUGGAAAACUUCUCGCGUCAGGCUUGGGAGGAACCGGCAACUUUCACCAUGGAUCGGAGCGCGUUACGACGAGGAGGAUCCGGAUUCAGUGCAGAACACCCCUUCCCACGAGAUGGAGGCUGCGCUCAACUCUGGUUCUGGUAAGACCCCUGCUCCUCCUUCGUCAAGGAACCGGGCCGGCGAUAUUAGCAUUGAUGAGGAUGAUUGCAUUGCAUUGGAGGUAAAUGGCGCCAUGCCUCUCUCAUAUGCAUAUUUUUCGUAUCCGGCUUCAGCUGUUGUGGGGCGUCAGGUGAUGGAGGAUGCUGUUCCCCUAGCAUCUCAGAGGCCUGCGGCGCCAAAGGUCCCUCACGCGCCGAAGAGAGGCAACACCCAAGGUACCGGUUCCGGUGCUGCUCCACCUGCGAAGAAGCGGAAAACCACCUCGAGCAGGAGGGCUAUUCCGACCUCCACCAGCGCUCCUCUCGAGGUAAGCCGGAGCGCUCCGGGUAGGACUCCGCUUCCUCCCAAAGCCGCAAGUACUACAGCGACUCCUGAACCUGCGCUACAGAUCCCCAGCCCUUCCAAGAAAAAGGGGCCGGCGCGCCAGCCUUCUCCAUCGGGGCCUGGCGCCGCCGGCAAGCAAUCCGGCCGCGAGGGGCCCGCAACAAGUGAGGGGAACGCGGCCCCCGAUUCUGAAGAUCACCGCGAUAGGGCUGAUUUCAAUUCGCCCCCAGAACGUGAGGAAGACACCGGCGUCGGCAACAUGGGCGCCGGCAGCGAACAAAUCGGCGCGUCGGAAUCAACUGCAGUUCCGCCGCCGGUCACUACCUUGGCUCCACCGGCAUUCUCUGCGCUGGUUUCUACCUCGAUUCCGUCGGCACCUUCCAAGCCGGUGGAUAUCGCUAAGGGUAUUCCUGCUUCACCAACUGCACCACCUUCCAAGAUCUCUCCUGCUCCGGCCAGCGUUCCGGCCUCUGCUGAACCUCCGGUUUUUCCUCCUACCGGCCAGAAGAAGAAGAAACCGCCAAGCCAGAAAACACCUUAUGGCUUCACUUCUGGCACGACCUCAGCUUUCAAGGAACCUCCGACAGAUCCUAAGUCCGUCGCACUUCACACCAGCAGGGCAGCGGCUUCCGCCUUAGAUUACGGUGCGCUGAAUGCAGGCCGGAUCACGGAUCGAAGCCGGAAUGGCCUGAGCCUUGGUUCUCUGGAAAAGUGGGCCGAUGUGUGGAACGAAGCUGACAUAACUGAGGUCGUCACCACCGGAUUAGGGAAAGACCAUCAGCCCGUCGUGGAUCCUCGCGGGCCCCGACCGUUUACAACGCAGCUGGCGCGGCUUAAACGCUGCAUGCGGGAAACCGAUACCGCCUGGCACGAUGUUGACGAGAACGUUGCGAAGGUGCUGGAUUCCCGGAAGCAACUAUUUGAAGAUCUUCUGUGGGAACACCGGGAGCUUUCUGAUGCUCAUGCCUCCUUGCAGCUCUCUUACCAAGAAAGCCAAGCUAGGGAUCUGCCCCAGCUGGAGGAACUCGUCAGCCGCGUGUCGGUUCUCCAAGGUGAAAAGGAGACCCUGUUAUCUGAGCACAACACUGAAUUGCAGAAAUGGAGGGAUGAAACCGCCCUCUUGAAAGAGGAGCUUAUCUAGUUCAACCUCAAGCACCAUCGCGAGCUUAAAGAAGCCGGCGUAGCCACCAAAACUGAGAUGGAGAAGCUUCGGGAUGACCUGGCUGAGCUUCACUCAAAGGAGUUUAAAGAACUGUAGGAUCGGCUUCAGAAGGAUCUUGCCGACGAGAGGGCGCUGCGCGAGCUGGAGAAGAAACGCAAUGACGCCCUUGAGGAAAUGAAGCUAACUCAGGGCAAAAUCAUCGCGGAUCUUGAUGCCCAAGUGCAGAAAACUUUCCCGGAUUCCCAGCACAGAGCAAUUGAAGCUGUCAGUAGAUGCCGAGGGGACACACUUCCUGGCCCUCAACAGUGGAGCACCGAUGACCACGUUACCGCGCUAUCCGCUCGCGUCUCAUAUAUGGGCAAACUCGGGAGGUUCCUUCGGCCACCGCUAUCCACGCAUGCGCCAGUCUUUGGCCCAGUGAAACAGUUCCAACUCGCGUUGAGCAUCUAGCCGCGCAGCUUAUGGACAGUGGACUCCAGAUUAAUGAGUGGCGCCGUUCCGCCGCGCGUGCCGGGGCGGAUAUGGCGCUGAAGUUUGUCUGUUCCUGGUAUGAGGGCAUUGAUCUGGAUGCCCUGGCCACUCUUCGUGCCGAUGCUCCCACCAUGAUAGAUCCAGUUCUUCAAGAAAAGCGGCAGCAACGGGCCUACCAGAUUGCCCGGUAUGCCUCCGUCGGCAAGUUUAUUCCGGCGCCACCUGAUGCCGAAGACGAAGAAAGUGACGAAGAAGAGAACGAUGAAGAAGUUGUUGAUGAGGAAAUCGCAAUGGAGGAUGCUACUUCCAUUCCGGUCGACCCCGCCGCUCAAGAUCCAUCUUCGUCCAAGAAGAUUCCAGGAAGUGCUCAUGAUGCUCCUGAAGCCGGUGCGGCUUAAAAACUGAUCCUGUUGUCUUAAAACAUUGAACUCAUUAAUAGCCCGGUAUGCCAGGUUUGGUGAUGUAAAAUACCAUUAACUCCUUUUGGUUCGUUGAAACUCUUAAGUUAUGUCGUUUCAGAACUCAUAUAUUAAGCCCUCCGGGUUCAGUCCCCGAGUUCAACUU